AUGUCGAGAGAGCCAGGCCAGACAAACAGGAAAUGGUGUCCUGAAGACAUCCAGUCUUUUGCUUUGAAAUCAGUGCCGUUUGACCACGGCUUUCUCUUUCCUUCUCAGUCGAACAAUUUUCUUUUGUCUCGUCUGUCGAAUUAUUUGGCUGGAGACGAUUUCAAAGAGAUAUUACUAGCCGCUGCAAUGAACCAACGCAUUCGUCCUCGGCCUUUCAUUCUUUUUCACUAUCUUUUUCACUUUCUUUCUUUCUUUCUUUCUUUCUUUCUUUCUUUCUUUCUUUCUUUUUUGUUUUAUUCUUUCUUUCUCUCUUUUUUUAUUUCCCGGCGUUCAUUCAUUCAUAUUUUUUUUCUUAAUAUCCUCGAUUUCUUAUUUGCAUUUUUUCAUUCUUUUUUCCAUUACUUUUCCUUUUUGUUCUAUCUUUCUUUCUUUCAUUUUUUUCUUCUUCGGUUUACUCUGUAUUUUCCAUCUAUUCAUUGUCUUCCUCUUUAUGCCAUUUUUCUCUUUUUCCUAUAUCAAUUUACGACCUCCAUUCUCAUAAUUCGCUAUCUCUCUCUCUAUCUCUCUCUCUCUCUCUCUCUCUCUCUCUCUCUCUCUCUGUAA